ACAGCUCUUCCUUAUCAAUUGUAUUUUAACAUUUACGAAGAGAUAGUCCGUAUAGACACAUUGCAAAUUAGUCUCAAUCGAUUUCUGUUACUUUUAGUUGGUCUAUGGCCUUAUCAACAAUCUAUACUCGCUCGACUUCAAUUAAUUUUAUUUCUCGGUAUUUUGACGAGUUUCAUUACAUUUCAGUUUACAGUAUUUGUGACUUUAAAAUGCACCACAGAUUUAAUUAUCAGUGUUUUUUCCACUGCGUUAUUUUAUACUUAUUUUGCAAUUCAAUAUAUUUCGUUUAGUGUCAAUAGUAAAAGUAUAAAAUAUUUGUUGGAGCAAGUGCAGCAUAUUUACAACCAACUAACUGAUGAAAAUGAAAUCAGUAUUUUAGAAAAAUACGGCACUUAUGCAAAACGUUACACAAUUUUUUUUCCAUUGUUAUUAUAGUUGCCGUAAUUACAUUAAUUUUUUAUGCACUUUAUCCGAAAAUUUUCGAUAUCUUAUUUCCCAUAAACGAAACACGAUCACAUCCUUUGCCGCUUAUGACUGAAUAUUUCGUCGAUCAGGAAAAAUACUUCU